GCGCGAUGGAUUGGCAACAGGCAGCCUGGCAGAGUGUGUGCAAGUGUAGUCAUGGCUGUCUGACAAAACAUUCGAAAUAACAAGAAUUAACGCGGCGGUUGGUUGUCGAGGGUGCGAUGUCGUGUUGCCCGCGAGGCGCAACACUGUCCUGACUCAGGUUACGAACGGUUGGUCAGUGACACGCCAGCGAAGGAUCGAUUCGCGGCCGCCUGGCACGUUUCACGGUGCGCCCGCUAUAGAUCACCGUCAGGAAUAAUAAUAAAUAAGUGGAUCGGACUGUGGAUCAGAGAGGGGAAAAAAUCAUCGUGUCGCGGAACCGAAGACGAUCUCGCGCAAGAACGCCUCUCGGUGCUCCGUUCCGUGGUUUCCUUGCUGAGGCGAGCGUCGUGUUCCAACUUCGACCACCGACAACGAUCGAUUACGCAAGAUGACCAUUCUGUCGAAGAAGAAGACGAACGCUUCGAAGGACAGACGGGAAGGAGGUAGUACGUCCGAAGUCGACGUCCACGGCGUGCAGAACGAGCACAACCCCGGGUCCAUCGCGCUACCAAACAGCCCGUAUCAGGUACGUGCAGCGAAUGGUUUCGCGGUUGAUCUACAUGGGGUACAGAGCGAUCAUGGAUCCGGUUCCAUCGUUCUUACGGGAGGCUCGUACGAGUCAAGUGUAGAUCGUCGAGAAGACAAGCAUUUUGAAGAAGGAAGUGGUCCCAGUCAUGGCAAGCGUCAUAGGCAACGGGCAAGUCCUCAUAGUAGCUGUAUCGGAAGAAAUUCACGUUCCAAACGUGAAAGAGAAAGAGACAGAGGGCGAGAAAGAGACAGGGAGAGAGAAAGAGAACGUGAAAGACAGGCUACACCUCCCACUGCAUCUGGCAGUGGUUUACAAGCUACAGAUGGUAGUGUCAUAGCUAACAACCGAAUGGCUAUUGUUGGGGCUGCUGCAAAUAUAGAACAUGAAUUAGCUAAUGGAUAUAACAGUGGUGAUGAAUAUACUGGCAGAACUGGGAAUAAUCUUACACUAGCUGAAUGGCAAGAGCGAGAUAGGUGGUUUGAGAAACGAAUGCGGAAAAUGGGAUUUAUUGUCAAGAAAAUGGGUGAAGACGGAGCAUGUCUGUUUAGAGCUGUUGCAGAUCAAGUUUAUGGUGACCAAGAAAUGCAUGGUGUAGUUCGGAAGCAUUGCAUGGAUUAUAUUGCUUCCAAUCAAGAAUUUUUCUCUCACUUCGUAGCGGAAGAUUUUAGCACGUAUGUAGAUAGGAAACGGCAAGAGUAUGUACAUGGGAAUCAUAUAGAGAUGCAAGCAAUGUCUGAAAUGUAUAAUCGUAGCAUUCAGUUAUAUUGCUACAGUACUGAACCUAUUAAUAUUUUCCAUACGAUGGUUGAAAGUGAUAAUGAACCAAUACGAUUGUCUUACCAACGUGGUAGCCAUUAUAAUAGUAUAGUAGAUCCGUAUAAAGCUACAAUUGGCGUUGGUCUUGGCUUACCAUCAUUUAACCCUGGCGCUGCAGAUCGACAGCUUAUAUCAGAUGCAGUUCGUCAAAGCGAAGAAUUACAUAUUGAACAGAAUUUUUGUGCGCAGACUAUGCUAGAAGAUAAAAUAAAAGCAACUGAUUGGGAAGCAACGAACGAAGCUAUAGAAGAACAAGUUGCCAGGGAAAGUUAUUUGCAAUGGUUAAGGGACAAUGAAAUGCGAAAAGCUCGAUCAGCCAGUAGCAGCAGUACAAGUACGGUAACAAGUGCGCAACACAGUCACGCGCAUUUUCAUCCUCAUGGAGGUCGUGGUCAACAACGUAGCCACACUUCUUCUCCGACCACAACUCAAACUAGCCAAGAUAAUUUGCGUAAUUCACCAAAAGUAAACGAUUCCGUAAGAUAUAAUAAAAGAUCCCCGCAACAUCAGUCAACACAAGGAUCAACUAUGUCUCACCUUGCCUCAGACUAUGAAUCUAAAAUCUCUCAGGAACCUGUACCAGGUAGCAGUAAAGAGGCUCACGCUUCACCGGAUAUCUCGUUAUUUAAUCGUCUUCCUCCUGAAGUGUUUGGUUUGACUGAUUGGGAAGACAGUGAUAUACUUACGCAAGUUUUGGCUACGUCACAGCAAGAAUACUUGGACAGCUUGAAACAAUCACGGAGUUCUACCUCCUCUGGAAAUGAUACUAACAAUAUACUAGAUUCCAGUAAUAGUUAAUUUUUAAAAUCGUUAUCGAUAAAGUUUAAAUGAAUACUGAAGCAAAAAUAUAUGCAUUUGUAUGCAGCGUUUUUCAUAGGAUGUGAUAUAUCCGAAAAAUAAGAUAGUUCUAAAUCAAAAAAAGAAAAGAAAAAAAGAAUGAAGCAAUUCUUAGUGUUAUCACAUGGUCAUUAGUCACUGAGAGUCAUCGAUGAUUGUGUUGAAUGCAUGCCUAAUAAACUUAAUUACCGAUUUAUUACAAUACGUCAUACUAAUUUUUGUUAAAAUCACUGUCAAAUUAGAUUCAAAUUGCAAGGUAUAUCGAGUUUCCAAAGAAAUGGUUGGAUCGUAAUUUUAUCUAAUACAAUUACAAUGUAUUUAUAAGAUUUAGAAUCUUGGUAAAUGCGUGAAUGUAAGUCGAAUAUUUUAUAGUAGCAGAAGUAACAGUAUGAGCAAAUCAAUAUUCUUCUUUGAUAAAACAAUUAAUAUAUAGAAGUGUUUUAAGUUUAUUAAGGAUGCAUCUGCUUUCCUCCUCUAAUAACGUUAAAUAUAAUUAACAAAGAAAUGAUCACGUAAAAGCAUCAAGAAUUGUUCUCUUUAGUUAAAACGUUUUUGGUUUUACAUAUGGGUUUGACAAUGCAUCUUAUGGGAUACUCUGUACAUAUUGCAGUAUCAUCUAAUUGCACUAGGGUAUAAGGUGGUUUGCUUUUUUUCAUUGAAAGUAAAUGUUUGGUCAGCAUAAUCAUCGUUCAAUUUCAUUUCAGACUUAACUAUGUGUGCACGAGUGCUUCAGAAGUACGUAAUCGUGUAUACGUAAAACGUGUGCACUUUUUUUUUUUUUUUGAAAAAUUAGUGUAGCCAUAUUGUUUUAUCAGCAGUGUUUCAUAUUACUAUGGUCAAGAAAUUUUUUACGAUCGAUCCUUAAAAAGUAAUCCCUUUUCUGUCGUUGUCCAUCUAUAUUAAAGUCUCUGCGUGUUCUUGAAUGCAGCGUUCAUCUCAUUAUGGAUUAUGCAAUUUAAUCAGGUCAAUUGCGUCGUCACAUACUCUUUUUUUCUUUUUUUUUUUUUUUUGGGGUGGUAUGAUAUGAUACAUCUAAACGCUUUAGAAAAAAACGAAAUCUUUAUUGCGUUAUUUGUAAAAAAAGACAAAUAAAACUACUAUAUGUAAUUUAA